UUGUUUUCUUAUCAGUAAAAGGGCUUAUAUUCAUAUGUACAUCGAUGUGCAUUGAGAAUGUCUGUAUUUGUCAUUAUAUCAAUUGUGUUAUUUGGAGUAAAAGGCCCCGUUACGUUAUCGAUAGCGACUGAGAGACCAUUUUCAGAUAGCGUGAGUGGUAAUGGGGACGUGAAUGGUUUCGAUGCAUGUAAAGUCAGGGUUAAAACAGGGGGAAUAAUUAACCUCAGGCCCUUAACAAGAAACGAUGGAUAUGCCAGAUUUUUUGCAUCAAAACAAUUGUGGAAUUAUACAUUUGAUCCAUGUACAGCUUAUAACGAACCCAAAGAUCCCCACACCGGAUUUGGUGACGGUUGCUCCUCUGUCCUGCUAUAUGGCAAACGACUAGAACAUUUCUGUGGUUAUAGUCGAGAACAAUUUAUUUAUGUACAUCUUGAAACGUGUCCAAGCAUAAAAAGAAUAGCUGUUUGUCUCAGGAUGUGUAUAUUUGGUUUUGAUGGUAUAUCUCAUCAUUAUUAUACGUUGGGUAUAGAACGAUCAGUCAGAAUUCAGAUGGUAGAGGACGAUGCCAACAAUAAAACUGCCAUACAACUAGUUCUAAAAGGCACCAAGUCAAUGCGGAAUCGAUUGACAUUUAUUAAUUUAAUUUGUGACAGAAGUCGCAUUAAAACUGAUGAAGCCUUGUUUGAAAUAUCCAGUCCAAUGGGAAAAGGCCCAGUGGAAGCAAAUUUACACCAUGUGUGCUGUUGUCCUGAUGGCUGUUUAGAACCAAUUUCAUCAAAUCACACUACCAAUUCUACUGAGUUAGAAGAGUUAAAGAAAGUACGAGAUAAGAGGUUAUUAUUGAUAGUAGUAUUAACUAAUCUAGGAUUGUUAGUUCUAGCGGCUGUUAUUGGUGCCUUGUGUUAUAUCAAACGAACACAAAUAGAGAUUUAUUAUAAACUACCAGGUCUGGGUUUAGCUGAUCCUAAUGCACGGCGCCCUGGUGAUAAAUCUGGCAUCAAAUCUGUCGGAAGAGGCAGUAUGAACAGACCAUCUCCGUACAGUGAUUGGGAACCGAAGGAAUCCCUGAAGAAAAAAUUACUACCAGUUUUAGAUGAUUCGGUGAUAGCUUUAAAUAGUCUGGAUAUGAGACAAAGAUUAGGUGGUGGUUUAUUUGGUGAUACACAUAUUGCUAAAUGGAAUGGUAUAGAUGUUGCAGUUAAAAGACUUAUAUUAAAUGUUCAUCAAAACCAAGUCACUGCCAAAACAAUGGAAUACAUGAAUGAAGAAGUGUGGAAAUUAAGUCGUCUACGUCAUAAGUUAAUCGUGACGGUUAUUGGAUUAUGUCUGGAUGGUAAAUUACCUUAUAUUAUAACAGAGCAUGUCGAUGGAGAGUGUUUGAGAGAUUUCAUAAAGGUUAAAGGUCACCAAUUAACCUGGCCUCAACGAAUCAAAAUUUGUACUCAGAUAGCUGAUGGUUUAGCAUUUCUUCAUUCCAGUAAACCAUUAAUUUUACAUAGAGAUUUGCGGUGUGGAAACAUCUUUAUUAUCGAUGAAGAUGCUAUUAAGGUUGGAGAUUUCGGAUUAACAAAAUUAAUACAACCAAUGAGAGAACAAUGUACACAAGACGAUUGUUGUUGUAUGAGAGAGUAUAGUGCGUGUCCAGCUAUGUUACGAUGGACUGCUCCAGAAAUAUUGUCACAACCAACAGUUCACGAAGGUGACAAUAAUUCAGUCUUCACACCAUCAUGUGAUGUCUAUUCACUGGGAAUGGUGUUUUGGGAGAUAAUAGUUUGUGAAGAUCCUUUUGAAGAUCUGAGUUCAGAAGAAGAGAUAAUAGAAUUUGUUGUCGGUGGUGGUAGACCAGAAUUACCAGACACAUCUGAUUUAAUAACACAAUAUAAAGAUCUAAUAGUAGAAUGCUGGUGUCAAAAACCUCAACUACGCCCAUCGGCUAAACAGGUAGCUGUAAAGUUAAAGGAAAUGAUGCAGCCUGCUCGAGCAUUUCAAAAAAGUUUAAAAAGCAAAUCUCAUCCGCCGAAAUCUCAACAAUCAUCUUCGCACAUUGUGUAAACAAUAUCGACAUUGAAACUUAAUUAAUCGAAAACGUUGAUAUAGUGAACUUUGAGCAUUUUCAAUUUUGAUCCUCAAUUGACGAGAUGCAGUCGCCUGUAGUGCAAUGGGAUCAUCGAUAUAGUAACACCAAAACCUAGACGUUGACUGAACGUCGAUUUUGACGUCAGACACAAAGGAUU